UUCUGCGUUGCCAAUAGUGUCAGUGCUUGACAACGUUUUCUUGAAGCGCUUAAAAAAAAGAUAGAGGAGAGAUAAUUUUCAGUCGUGCGCGGUGGGAGGGAAGAUUUGUGCAGUCAAACAGAAGAAGCAGUAGACGAGGAGGAGAAAAAAAAAGUAGGAAAUCUCUGCAACCUCUGGAGUCUCAUUCAGCACCGCUCGCUCCUGGACAGCGUCUGAGCGGCGGAGUUGAUCGAGAAACAGGGGAUUUGUUCAAACAUCCAGUCUGGGAGUAACACUGCAUUUAAACGGGGCACUUAAUUUUCUUCACGACUUACAAUCCACAUUGGCAUGUUCACUUCCCACACCUGUCAUCCUCUUCUGUUGAAUUGAAUCUGUGCGGCAAGCAGCGUUUCAACAGCGAGGGAGUCCAGAACUGACUGGAGCUGGUGCCGCCAAACAAAGACGCUGGAAGAAAAAGAAAGAAACCUGGACGGCAUCACAGCUCGCAGAAGUUCUUCUCCUCCACUUUGGGCUCACUUGUAUCAUGAAGAUUUAAAGACGAUGGUUGGAGAUUCAGGCCAGGAGUGUAUUCCCUUGCGGACGGCUUCAACAUCAGGCACCCACUGUGGAGCCCACUGGCUGGCCUUGUAACUUUCUGCCUGUUUGACACACCAAGAGGAAAGCUAAAUGCACCUGAGUGAUUCUGGAGAACCAGAGAAGAGAGGCAAGCUUCCCACCUUUGUUCUUGCCUUAUGAGAGCUGCUCUCUGUGGACUCCACCUCAGAACACUCUGUACUGUUUAGUUACUGCAUGUAUCCACAACUCUCAGGUGCAGGAAAAGUGAGUGAAACACAAAGAAGAAAGAAGAAAGGGUAAGAGAUAAAGAGAGCACAGCUGCAUAAUUAGUAUUAGCGAAUUUGUUGCAGAGCUAGAAACCAUGAGAAGAGACUUCUGAAGACAACUGUGCUCUGAAAAAUAUUGCGGCUAAACCUUCAGGACAUUUGUAUGUGUGUGUGGGUAUAUGUGUGCACACCUCUUUCAUUUUCAAAGGACUUGAAUUUGUAUUUGGAUGCGGAUUUAGCCUUUCAUUAUGACUCUGCAAAGAGGCUUUGAGAGAGCAUGGAUUGGCUGCCACAAAGGCGUCUGCUGCUGGGUGUUGCUGCUGGCUUGUUAUGUCUUGAUCUCCUUGGCUGCCAAACCGAAAAUGCCGGGCCAUACACACCUAAACUCAAUACGCAUUGAUGGGGACAUAUCUCUAGGCGGGCUGUUUCCGGUGCACGCGAGGGGAAAUGACGGCAAAGCUUGUGGAGAGCUGAAGAAGGAGAAAGGAAUCCAUAGGCUGGAGGCCAUGUUAUUUGCCCUGGAUCGUAUCAAUAAUGACAAUGAGCUGCUGCCUAAUAUCACUCUGGGGGCACGCAUCCUAGACACCUGCUCACGGGACACCCACGCUCUGGAACAGUCGCUGACAUUUGUUCAGGCACUGAUUGAGAAAGACUCAACUGAUGUCAAAUGUCUCAGCGGAGGGCCGCCCAUCAUCACUAAGCCCGAGAGAGUGGUGGGAGUAAUUGGUGCAUCUGCCAGCUCCGUGUCAAUCAUGGUAGCCAACAUUUUGCGUCUCUUCAAGAUCCCUCAGGUGAGCUAUGCUUCUACAGCUCCAGAGCUGAGUGACAACACCCGCUACGACUUCUUUUCCCGUGUGGUGCCUCCAGACACAUACCAGGCACAGGCGAUGGUGGACAUUGUCAAAGCUAUGAACUGGAACUAUGUCUCUACUGUCGCUUCAGAGGGAAACUAUGGAGAAAGCGGGGUUGAUGCAUUUAUUCAGAAGUCCCGAGAGGACGGUGGUUUGUGUAUUUCCCAGUCAGUGAAAAUACCACGUGAACCAAGACCUGGAGAGUUUGACAAGAUUAUCCGGAGGCUGAGUGAGAACCCCAAUGCUCGAGUAGUCAUUAUCUUUGCCAAUGAGGAUGACAUCAGGCGUCUCCUUCAAGCAGCUAAGAAGGCCAAUCAGACAGGCCAUUUCAUCUGGGUAGGUUCAGACAGCUGGGGGUCCAAAAUUUCACCAAUACUGCACCAAGAAGAAAUGGCAGAGGGUGCUGUCACCAUUCUACCCAAACGACAGUCCAUCAAAGGUUUUGAUCGCUACUUCAUCAGCCGAACACUAGAGAAUAACAGAAGAAAUAUCUGGUUUGCAGAGUUUUGGGAGAAUAACUUCCAAUGCAAGCUCAGUCGUCAUGCUAUGAAGAAAGGAUCUGGUAUCAAAAAAUGUACAAACCAUGAGCGGAUCGGAAAAGAUUCAUCCUAUGAACAGGAGGGGAAGGUCCAGUUUGUUAUAGAUGCAGUGUACGCCAUGGCUCACGCUCUACAUAAUAUGCACAAAGACCUCUGUCCUGGAAAAGUUGGCCUUUGCUCCAAGAUGGACACUAUCAACGGCACACUGCUUCUCAAAUAUAUCCGCAGUGUCAACUUUACAGGAAUUGCUGGCACCCCUGUGGUCUUCAAUGAGAAUGGAGAUGCGCCUGGUCGUUAUGAAAUCUACCAAUAUCAGAUAACAAAAAACACCACAGAAUACAAAAUCAUUGGUCACUGGACAGAUCAGCUCCACUUAGACACUAAUGACAUGCAGUGGCCUGGUGAAACACAAGAAGUCCCUUCCUCUAUAUGCAGUCAACCCUGUCGUCCCGGGCAGCGCAAGAAGACAGUGAAGGGAAUUCCUUGUUGUUGGCACUGCGAGAAUUGUGAUGGUUAUCAGUAUCAGGCAGACAAUUACACCUGCAAGAUGUGCCGCUUUGAUUUGCGUCCCAAUGAGAACCACACUGGCUGCGUUCCCAUUCCCAUUGUCAAGCUAGAGUGGAGCUCACCAUGGGCCGUGAUACCAGUCCUCAUUGCAGUCUUGGGGAUUAUGGCCACUCUGUUAGUGGUUGUAACCUUUGUGCGCUACAAUGAUACACCAAUUGUUAAGGCAUCUGGUCGAGAACUUAGCUAUGUGCUGCUGACAGGUAUCUUUCUGUGCUAUGCUACAACAUUCCUUAUGAUCUCUGCUCCUGAUGUGGUCGUAUGCUCACUGCGAAGGAUUUUCCUUGGUCUGGGUAUGAGUAUAAGCUAUGCAGCACUGCUUACCAAGACAAAUAGGAUCUACAGGAUUUUUGAGCAGGGCAAGAUGUCGGUCAGUGCCCCUCGAUUUAUCUCCCCAGCCUCACAGUUAGUUAUCACAUUUAGUCUGAUAUCAGUGCAGCUCCUUGGAGUGUGCAUCUGGUUUGGUGUUGACCCAUCACAAGCCAUCAUAGACUAUGAAGACCAGCGCACAGCAAAUCCCGACAUGGCCCGUGGCGUUUUGAAAUGUGAUAUAUCAGACCUGUCUCUCAUCUGUCUGCUGGGUUAUAGCAUGCUUCUGAUGGUCACCUGCACAGUUUACGCCAUCAAGACUAGAGGGGUUCCAGAGACAUUCAACGAGGCCAAGCCUAUCGGCUUCACAAUGUACACCACCUGCAUUGUGUGGCUUGCCUUUAUCCCUAUCUUCUUCGGGACCUCACAGUCGGCGGAAAAGAUGUACAUCCAGACUACAACCCUAACCAUCUCUAUAAGCCUCAGUGCAUCGGUGUCUCUGGGAAUGCUCUACAUGCCCAAAGUCUACGUGGUUCUUUUCCAUCCAGAGCAGAACGUACCCAAGCGCAAACGCAGCCUAAAGGCUGUGGUCACUGCAGCCACCAUGUCCAACAAGUUCAACCCUAAAGGUGGCCUGAGGCCCAACGGAGAGGCCAAAUCUGAACUUUGUGAAAGUCUUGAAACACAAGAUUGUGUUGAGGGAGGGGAGCCUUGUGAGGGCCUUUAGACUCUCAGUGUUGGCCUCAAAGCAGACAUACAUAAGCUACAGUAACCAUGCCAUCUAAGACCGAGAUGAGCCGUGGAAGAGGAGAAAAGGCCUGCCUGAGGAGAAAUCACCUGAUUCUGGGGGCAUAUUGGGGAUACACUGGAGAACUUUCAAGCUGCUACAUCAGAGGAUUGGGGUGGAAAGAUGGGAAUUUGUCACUCCAAAGGAUGUCAUAUUUUUUUUAUGGAAUCAUGUAAAGGCUUGGAUGCAAAUUUUAUGAUAAAUUAGUAGCUUGUAGGAGGGAGAGAAGAGAUGUAAGGGAGCUUGGACAGUUAAUUUUCCUCUUCCCACCCUGAGCAUUGAUCAGUGACGUUUCCAGAUGCAGGCUGAAUGAACCACCUGGAGCCUACAGAUUUUUUUUUUUUUCUGAAAUGUAUAGAGCACAAGAUCAGUUCUCUCUGAUACUGAAUUGUUUGUCUCAUUUCAGUAAAAACAGGGGAAAGCAUUCUGUUUUUAUCAAAUGCAGCUGAUGAAAUGAAGUGGUGUAAAAAUAUAAUAGUUAUUUUUGGUUACAGGUGUAUUUGGAGUUGAAAGCUGCAGUACUCUUCAGACUGUACAUGCCUUACGACAGUACACUCAGUAUUCCUACAUGAACUAAAUAUAUCUGAAACACAUGAAAAUAAAGCAGUGGGUCUCCCCAGUAGUUUUUUUUUUUUACUGUUUCAUAAUAAUGAGGACACCACCAUUUUGGCAAUCCUAGUGUACAGUCCCAGAGCAUGCUUAUGGGAGCAUCACGUGUACUGUGCUGUGUCGUCAACGUCUAUGGAAUGCAACAUUUGUCAUCGUUGUCAUUCACAGUGGAGAUGUCAUUUUUGGGGUAUCCCUCUGCUGAACGAAAAGAAAUCAAACAAACCAAACACAAAUUGCCAUGCAAUAGCUCUAUGGUUGACAUCACAUUCCAUAAAUGUCAGUCAGGACUUGGAGACUUAACUUGACUGUAAACAUCUGAGAUUUAGUGGCUCUUAUUUAUCAUGCACCUAUUGAAGCCUUUGGAAAGACUGUCAAAAUUUCACUUGCAGCUUUAAAAGUAAUUGACAAAUUUAAUCUAAAAGAGUCUUGAUUAAAAUUCAAUAAAAAUGCAAGACUUGUAAUUAAGACUGUAUAUUCUGUACCUAAAUGCAGGGCAUUGUGAUAUAGUAGAUUUUUUUAAAAGAAAAAAACAGCAACAACAAUCUGUUGUCAUGCCAGACAUAUUGUUUAAGGCUAACAACAUAUGAUAAAUGGGAUAGAAGAAAUGCACUGCAAGAGUAAUCUAUGUCCUUGCAAAGGAUUUUUAUGAAAAAAAAAUGCUUUCCUCUUCUGCAUCUUGGAUUUUAAGCCUGGAUUGGAAAUGAUAAAUUAUAUUUUUAAAAUAAUUUUUUUGAUUUAAAACAAGGCUCAAGUAGCUAGCCAGCGUUAAUACCAAUUUUGAAAAGGUAUAGACUUAGUUAAGACAACUGGUCAAAAAGUUCAAAGAUAAUUAGCAAUAUGAUAUAUUGUUUCAACAUAUACCAAUAACAAUAUAAAUUAACAUUCAGUCCAUUGUCUGAUUAUUAUAUAUCAAUAAAAGAUAUAGCCAUGCUGUACUAAGUAGUAGCAAGUUCACCUUCCACUUGGCAGCUAUCUUAAUUAUUUCUUGCUUCCAGCAAACAAUUUGAUUUGGUGUUUAGCAAGACCCACCUAUUCUUUUCCACAGAAAUUGCUGGAAACCCAAAUAUAGACAAAUGGCCGUAAACAUGACACCAGCAGGAUACCCAUCUUUGUUUGUGUAUAAAGGAUGUGUAAAAAGAACUGUUUGUUUAAAUGUUAACCAGCCGGUAGUUUCUCAGGUUUACUUUGAAGUAUUUCUGCCCCCUAGUGAUCAAGAGCCUCUUAGUACAGCUUUAAAUCUCUACAGUGAUAGAUCACUGCUCCAUCACUGCUCCAUGCCUACUAAUUAAUUGGUUUUCACAGUACUACUGAAAAUCAAAAAAUCAAAAAUAAAAGGUAUGAAUACUUGCUUGAUAAAUAAGGGCCACUGCCUUCAUUCUGUGCCUCAUUUCCAUUAAACUACUCCUGCUAAAUGUUCCAUGGUUCUUUCAUCAUGUUUGUGUCACCAGUAUUACCUUUCAGUUGUUCAGUUUAAACAUUAUUAAGGAAGAACUCCGUGUACAAUUUAAAAUAUGUAAACGCCAUUACCGUUUCCAUUCUCUAAAAUAUUACUAAUAACAGUAUUCUCUGGAUUUUUUGUCUCAUUAAAUGUUAUCCUCAGCAAUGCAAAAAUUGUAUGUUGCAUGUCAAAACCCAUAAGAAAGCCGUGUGGAAAAACUGGAGAGAAAGGCAUAAAGUCCAGACUACUGCAGAGGAUUAUAACUUAGAAAUAUUUUGCUUUUUGAUCAAUGAUUCUCUCAGCUCUCAGCUUCAACGAGUCUAAGGUGUUGCGCAAAUGUUGUUUUCUCAUUUGAUAAAGUAUUGUUUGUGGGAUUGUUUGUGUUUGUGAAUAUGAUCAUUUUACUGCUUUUUUUUUUUUUGCCACAACCCCCCUCCCCACCUACUUUUAUUUUUCUAAAACACUGUCUGUGUUACAAAAUAAAAUAUGUAAUUGCUGACUGAAAUUAAAUGGCAAGUUAAUGUAUGUUAUUAAAAUUGAUUGAUCAUGUCUGCUUUAUGUACCAAAUUAUUAAAAAAAAGAAAAAAAACAGUUACAGUGCCUGGAUAUUUAUGAACUAUCUAUAAAAAAAUAAGAUGUGUAGAGCAUGUUCAUUUUUAUACAAGAUAUUUCUAAUAAAA